CUAGGGAUCUCUCUCUCUCCACCAUUUGCAGAUCGUGUUUUGUCGUAAACCAGAAGAAAACACACACAAAUCACACACACUCUUUCUCUCUCUACCUCUGCCACACACACACACUUUCUCUCUCUAUACGUAUACAUUCACACACUCACCUUCUCUCUCUCUAGAAUAGUUUCAACUUUCAAAUCUACUUUCUCUCUCUAGAAACCUUUCAAUCACUCACCGACUGAACAAACAAUGUUCGAUUCGGUUCUACAAUCUGGCAGCAUGUGGAGCUCUGACAAACCCUAACUCUGUGAUUUGUUCGGAACUUUUGUCAGAUUGUUGAAUCUGGUGAGUUGAAUCGGUCAAUGGCAGCUUCCUCUUCGAGAGGACCAGUAAGUUCAUCGUUCUACAAUAACAACAAACCUUCAAGUCCGUUUUCGUCGUCUUCAUCGUCUUCCUCGUUCAAGCAGACCGUACCUCAAUCAUCCGCAUCCGCAUCGACAUUUUACGGAGGCUCCGGAAACGGUUACGGUUCCAGAUCUGAUAAUUUUAACCUCACUGCUUCCGACUCGAUGUAUUCUCGUGGCGGUUACGGCGCGCUUUCGCCUGUAGGUUAUCCGUCUGCUGAUGAGAUGAUUGAUGAGCCGAUUGAUGAUGUUCCGAGAUCCGGAGGAGGUGAUAGCAUUUCUGUUACAAUUCGGUUUAGGCCUUUGAGUGAAAGAGAGUAUCAGAGGGGAGAUGAGGUUGCCUGGUAUGCUGAUGGAGAUAAACUCGUGCGGAAUGAGUACAAUCCGGCCACUUCGUAUGCGUUUGAUAAAGUUUUUGGAUCGUAUGCGGAAACUCAGGAAGUGUAUGAAGUAGCUGCUGGACCUGUUAUAAGAGCUGCUAUGGAAGGCAUAAAUGGAACUGUAUUCGCAUAUGGUGUUACAAGUAGUGGGAAGACGCAUACCAUGCAUGGUGAUCAUAAUUCUCCAGGAAUAAUACCCUUGGCCAUAAAGGAUGUUUUCAGCAUUAUUCAGGAUACACCAGGAAGGGAAUUCUUGCUGCGUGUGUCAUAUAUCGAGAUAUAUAACGAGGUGAUUAAUGAUCUGCUCGAUCCAACGGGACAAAAUCUGCGUGUUCGAGAAGAUGCACAGGGUACAUAUGUUGAAGGUAUUAAGGAAGAGGUGGUUCUAUCUCCUGGGCAUGCUCUUUCUUUUAUUGCCGCUGGUGAAGAGCACAGACACAUUGGUUCAAAUAACUUCAAUCUUCUUAGCAGCCGUAGUCACACAAUAUUUACCCUGAUGAUUGAAAGUAGCUCCCAUGGUGACGAAUAUGACGGAGUCAUAUUUUCUCAACUUAAUCUCAUUGAUCUUGCGGGAUCUGAGAGCUCAAAAACUGAAACCACGGGACUGAGGAGGAAGGAAGGCUCUUACAUAAACAAAAGUCUUCUAACCCUUGGAACUGUUAUUGGAAAGCUAAGUGAAGGAAGGGCAUCCCAUAUUCCUUAUAGAGAUUCCAAGCUUACCCGUAUUUUACAGUCUUCAUUGAGCGGCCAUGGACAUGUUUCUCUUAUCUGCACCAUAACCCCUGCAUCUAGUAGCAUGGAGGAGACUCAUAAUACGUUAAAGUUUGCUAGUAGGGCAAAACGCAUUGAAAUAUAUGCUUCUCAGAAUAAGAUCAUUGAUGAAAAGUCUUUGAUUAAGAAGUACCAAAGAGAGAUAUCAGCUCUUAAACUCGAGCUUGAUCAGUUGCGUAGGGGUAUGCUUGUAGGUGUCAAUCCAGAAGAGAUAAUGAGCUUAAAACAAAAGUUAGAAGAAGGACAAGUGAAGAUGCAAUCACGAUUAGAGGAAGAGGAAGAAGCCAAAGCUGCUCUCAUGAGUCGAAUUCAGAGGCUAACAAAGCUAAUACUUGUUUCUUCGAAAAACACGUAUCCUGCUAAUGAUGAAGAUAAUGGUUUAUUGCAAAGUGACAUUCAGAAUGACUUAGUUUCCGGUGAGUUGUCAGCAGCAGGUAGCACUAUCACCGACUCUAAUGCAGGUGAAGUUGUUAGUGGUGCUGGCAGUGGCGUGAAGCGUAUUACAGGUGGACUCUCAAUAGAUGAGAUGGAUCUUCUAGUGGAGAGAGUGAAGAUGCUUGCAGGAGAGAUUGCAUUCAGUACCAGUACCUUGAAGCGUUUAGUUGAGCAGUCAGCAAAUGAUCCCGAGAGUUCAAAAACUCAAAUAGAACAACUGGAACAUGAAAUAGAAGAAAAAAGAAAGCAAAUGAGGGCCUUGGAGAAACAAAUUGUUGAAAGCAAUGAAGCUUCAAUUUCUAAUACAUCGUUGUCUGAUAUGCAGCAGACAAUGAUGAAAUUGAUGACACAGUGUGACGAAAAGGCUUUUGAGCUUGAGCUCAAGACAGCAGACAAUCGCAUCCUCCAGGAAGAACUGCAGAACAAGUGUGCAGAAAACAAAGAACUUCAUGAAAGAAUCAUGCUGCUUGAACAACAGCUAGCUAUGGCUAAUGAGAAGCCAAAGGUAUCUGCAGAACAUCAUGGAUCCAAAGAGUACAUUGAUGGGCUCAGGACUAAAAUUAAGAUUCAGGAGGUAGAGAAUGAAAAACUGAAGCUAGAGCAUGUUCAAAUUCUAGAGGAGAACAGUGGAUUAUACGUGCAGAAUCAGAAACUUUCAGAAGAAGCCUCAUACGCAAAGGAAUUAGCAUCUGCUGCUGCUGUCGAACUCAAGAAUUUAGCAGGUGAAGUCACUAAACUUUCACUAGAGAACGCAAAACUCGAGAAAGAAUUGGUGGCCGCUUGUGAAAUGGCAAACUCCAAAUCCGCAAACGGUGGUAACCGCAAGUACGAUCCUGUAAAACCGGGUCGAAAAGGACGUUCCUCUAGCCGAGUCAAAGAUGAGUUUGACUCGUGGAGCCUCGAUGUAGAAGAUUUAAGAAUGGAGUUACAGGCAAGGAGGCAACGCGAGGCAAAGCUUGAGGCUGCCUUGUCGGAGAAGGAACUAAUAGAAGAGGAAUACCGAAAGAAAGUUGAGGAGUCGAAGAAAAAGGAAGCAUCUUUGGAAAAUGAUUUGGCAAACAUGUGGGUUCUUGUUGCUCAGCUGAAGAAAGAAGCAAAGGGUUCUGUUACUUCUGUAACUGUUCCUGAAUCAAACAGUAAUGAAAAUGUGAAUCAUACUGAGAAAUCUGAAAAUGUGAAUCACCUGAAAGUAGAAAGCGGUGAUCGAAAUAAUUCUGUGGUUAAAGAGAGCCGCAUCUUGAAUGUUUCACAAACAACACAGAAUGUGACUAAAGAAGAGCCCCUUGUUGCUCGUUUGAAGGCUCGAAUGCAAGAGAUGAAGGAAAAGGAGGUUAAUUAUGUUGGGAAUGGAGAUGCAAAUUCUCAUGUAUGUAAAGUAUGCUUUGAGUCAUCAACAGCAGCCAUGCUUCUUCCAUGCCGCCAUUUUAGUUUGUGUAAAUCUUGUUCAAUUGCGUGUUCUGAAUGUCCAAUUUGCCGAACCAAGAUCACGGAUAGAGUUUUUGCUUUCACUUCUUGAUAUAUGCCUUUUAUCUCCUUCAAAUUGAAGGAGUUGUUUUUUCAUGAAGGAUGGUGUGGGUGUAAUUUAUUGAUUUCUCAAUCUUUAUCUGUAUGUAAACAAAACACUGUUGAAAAAGGUAUAAUUUUCAUCUGUGUAUGUUUUUGUUUCCAAACUCGUGACUAAAACAUGCAAUAGAAAUAUGUUCAAACCGCGA